GUUGGAUCCCCGCAGAGGUCAUUUUAUUCCUGAGAGAGCCUAAGAGGAUGCCCCGUGAUGCAUAGCAUGAUAUCCUCCCUCUCCGAUUCCAUUUCUUCAAUUUAUAAGUCGGUCCAGGUAAAUUAGACCCUACCCCUCCGAAGAUCACAAACUACUCUGGUAGCAACUCUGUCUCUCCUUUUGAUAUCCAAGCGCUUUCGAUCUCCAGGAUGAAAUCCACACUAGUCUUCACCAUUACAUUUGUCCUUUCUCUUCUUCUUUUUGAAGCUUCCUCGUUGGUGCCCCCUCAGCUGCUCCGUCAGGUCCUAGUGUUCGCCAUCCUUGUUUCUCUCCCGUUUUUCGUUAGUUUUAUUGGGACCUUGGCCAUCGAUCAUUAUACGCGCUUUCGAGCGAGAACGCCAACGGGUAGGUACUCUCCCUUAGUUCCGUGGGACCCCCACUGAGCUUGUUCUUUCAGAUAAAUUCGCGUGGUCAUAAACCUUCACCCGGUCGGAAUAAUAUUGCAUCAUGUCGAUCAGUUCGUUGGCUGUGGACCUUCUACGCUACUGUGACUGGGAGGGUCUCGGCUGGCUUAGGCAUCUGGGGUAAAGUCGUUUCCGGUGGACCUCAUAUUAGAUAUCCGGCUGAUUGAUUUAUCCUGUGAUUUGUUUUUUUUUUUUUUUUCAAAGUCGUUAACUUGAGAUAUACCCAUACCAAUAUCAGUGAUGAAAUGGCAAGCAUGCUCUGUGUUACUGUUUAUAUGUUUGUGGUCAUUCAAUUUCGCAAAAAGAUUGCCUUGG